AUGUGCAGUACUAGUAGCCCCGCGAAAGAGGCACCGUCGACGUUGUUUUCUUCAUUGCCAGACGACAUUGUUAUAAGCGUCUUAGCCCGUGUACCGAGACGGUAUCACCCGAUUCUCUCUUGCGUGUCAAACAAGUUGCGAUCUCUCGUAAGCUGCUCUGAGCUCCACAAGACACGAUCUCUCCUGGGAAAAAAUUGCUUCUACGUCUGCUUUGAAAAUUUGUUCGAUCCUUCCAAAAUCUAUCAUCGUUGGUUCACUCUAACUGAGGAUCGUCGUUUGGUCUCGAUCCCGUUCCCUUCCCCGCCUGAGCCACACUCUGGUGCCCUCAUGGUGGGUCACGAUAUAUAUUUUGUUGGCGGCUAUUUCAAUCAUCCUACGAGGAGCAUGUGGAUCCUCGAUUCUCGGUCUGGAAAGUUCCGUCAGGGUCCACGUUCGCUUGUGGCCACCCGAAAUGCAGCCGUGGGAGUAGUUGACGACAAGAUUUACGUUUCUGGAGGGGUUAGCGAGGCCGAAGAGAUCCAAGCGCAAUUAUUUGACUUAAAGACGCAAACUUGGCAUGUGGCUGCAAAUCCGACAUAUAGAUUACAAAACUGCGGAAUGUCCGUGGUAAGCCUGUCACUAGACAAGAAAAUUUAUGUGAGGAAAUUUGCAUAUGUCAUGGCGUAUGAUACUAGAGAUGGUAAAGUUGACCACAUUAAGUUACCAUAUGAGGAGUUAUCUAGUCGCGAUGUGUGUCUAAUAGACAAUGUGCUCUAUGUACACUACGAGGAUGAUGGAUUAAUGUGGUGUAACCCUAAGACCAAGGAAUGGAGAGUGGUUUGUGGUUUGGAGCUCAACAAGGCUUUCUUUUGUCUCGCAAUGGCUGAAUAUAAUGGCAAGUUGGCGUUUUUGUGGCAAAAAGUAAAAAAACAGGAUAAGGAGAUUUGGUGUACAAUGAUCGCCUUGUGUAGUAGUGGACUAGAGAUUCAGGGGCGCGUUGAGUGGUCUAAUUACGUAGGAUCCGUCCCUCCUCACAACGAUUUUUUGCAUUGUUUAGGUCGUACGGAUUAAAGGCCCAUGUAUGGAAUGAUAUCUAGCUAU